CCUCACUCCCCGCUUCCUUCCGCCAGCACUCCGGGCGUAUGACGUUAGACGUCCCCGUACUCCAGUAGUCCACACACAGCUCCUGUCAACAUGGCGGCGAGGGCACCGGUUGUCGCUUCUGGUCGGUUCAUGGACAGCCUUCGCAAGUGGUAUUAUAAUCUUGCUGGAUUCAACAAACUAGGUUUAAUGCGGGACGAUACACUGUACGAAGAUGAUAGUGUGAAAGAGGCAAUCACCAGGCUCCCACCCAAGGUGUAUGAUGACAGAAUCUUUCGCAUCAAAAGAGCUCUGGAUCUGGAUAUGAAAAAGACUAUACUGCCGAAGGAACAGUGGACAAAAUAUGAAGAGGAUUUCCACUAUUUGGAGCCGUACCUGAAAGAAGUUAUCCGUGAAAGGAAAGAAAAGGCUGAAUGGCAGAAGAAAUGAGCUCGCCAGAUGCUUUAUUAUUUAUCACUAAUACACAAACCAGUGUAUUCAACUCCACGCCGAACUGUCGUCUUGGUUGUCAUACUAUUCUCUAUUUCUAGAGUUGACUACCAAAUAAAUGUUUCAGAUAAUC